AUGGAACAGCAAGUUCCCCUCAACUAUGAGGCUUCGGCCGGCGACACCAACAAACAGGUCACCACGACCCUGCCCCAGGAAGUCGUUCAAUGCUUAGAGAAUGCCCGAUUCCUUCAUCUCGCAACAUGUACCGACAACGUCCCAAACGUCUCCCUCAUGAACUAUACCUACCUACCCUCGUCCAACUUCUCGUCCAGCCCAGUCAUCGUCAUGACCACCAACCCCGCCUCCAGAAAGACGCAGAACCUCCUCUCAAAUCCCAAUGUCUCUCUGCUGGUUCAUGACUGGUCUUCCCAUCGCCCACCAACUUCCGGCCGACGUCCCUCCGGCGGCAGCCCCGGCCCCGAGCACCGCUCUAGCCUCGCCUCGCUUCUAUUGAACCUGAACACCGCUGCCGUCUCCAGCAUUAGCGCCACGAUCAACGGCACCGCCAGCCUAGUGAACAACGGAUCGGACGAAGAAAAGUUUUACCGUGAGGCGCAUCUCGAGAACAACACGUUUGACGAGGGGCAGAGCUUCAACCCCAGCGUACAGGCCGAGGACGGCGGCAGAGGGUGCUUCGUAGCCGGCGAGGAGGUGCGUGUUAUCGUGGUCAAGAUCAAGGAUAUCAGAAUCAGCGAUUGGAAGGGCGCGGUGCGUGAUUACGUUUUGGCGGAGGAGGGUGCUGCUCCCCAGCUCAACGGCGUGCGGUAG